UAAGUCUCACGUGAGUUUUGUUUACUAGCUGGAAAUUCCAAAUGUGAAUGGCUUCAAAACCCUUCACCCCAGAAGAGGCGAGGAGGAUUGUCCAGUUUCUACUGACACCUGCUGUGCUUCUGAACAUGACCACAGACUGGCCAGCAUUGCACUGGACUGUGGAGCAACUGUCCGCUUGCCUUACAGAGAGACUUCGGUUCCGUAUUGGGAAAAGGACUGAGGACAUGGCUCCUCUUUUUGAAACAGAGUGUUCCUACAUCGAAGCAACCAUUAAAGAGUUUCUGUCCUGGACUGCCAAAGAAGAUGAAUCACUUGGUGGGCCAUUUGCUGACUAUCACUGCAAAGAAUUCUGGGCUUAUGCUGAUUACAGGUACAUUGCCCAGCUUUUUCAGGAUAAACCUGCCAUGUUUCAGGAUGUGUUGUGGUCUGAAUUUGGCUUUCCGGGCCGAGAUGGACGAGACGGCACACUUUGGAUUGGGACACAAGGUGCUAACACUCCAUGUCAUCUUGACUCUUAUGGUUGCAAUCUUGUUUUCCAGAUCCAAGGCAGGUUCUGUUUGUUCCCAGACACUGGUGGCACUAUGUGGAGUCAGUGGAUCCAGUGACUGUCAGUGUGAACUCCUGGAUUGAGAUGGAAAUGGAUGAUAAGGCCAGAGUAGGAGAAGCUCUCACUAAGACCAUUGUAUGUGCCCUGAAAAGUGCCCCUAGCUUAGACAACAACGACCACUGGCUCAAUCCUAC